AUGGAAUGCCCGGAGUACCACAAGGAGGAGUACGUCCUGGCCAUGAAGAUCCUUUUCAUGUUUCAAACGCCCUUGCUCUGCUUCAUCACCUACUGCGUCAUCUUCCAUUCGACGGCGGCCAUGAAAAACUUCCGCAAAAUGCUCCUCCAUCAGAUCUUUUGGUACCUUUUUUGAAAGUUUUUAUAAAAUUGCAGAAAGUUCUAAAAAAGGAAGUUUGCUUUGGAGCUCGUAAACAUUUCUUCUAAAGAUUUUUAAUCUCCGCUCCGAGUAAUCAUGAAACUCGAAGCCCUCUAGGGACCACUUCGAUUGGUUUUGCUUUUCGAAAACCAGAAAUCAAGCAAUUAAAAAAAAGAACGUAACAGUUACUCCUUAAACCAUUUCAAAUGCGACCAUUUUUUGAGUCAGGAUCCUGGGAACUUCAGAGGGGUCUCUAUAGGGGUCCUUGGAAGGUCCCCUUUAGGGGCCACUAAAGCUCACAAAAGUGGUCCCUAUAGAGCUUUCAAUUACUUGUAGGAGUCAUGCUAGUUCCCUGCGAAAAAAUGAAAAACAUAACUUUUUUUGAAAAAAAUUGAACGACCCCUGUAGGGACCACUUAAUUUUAAGGGGUCAUACCCUAAACCCCUAUAGGGACCACUCAAGCUUGAAAAGGUGGUCCUUGUAGGAGUUUUAGUUAGUUUAGUUAGACACCAGAACCCUAGAAGGGUCACUUUUUCCACCCUCAUAGGACUGUUUUUCAACAUCAAACCCUAUAGAGACCACUUAAGUUUUAGGGGCUAAGGAGUCAGACCAUAAACCUCUAGAGGGACCACUUUUUCGGCCCUAAUAAGGCUGUUCUCCUCUCCAACCCCUAUAGGGACCACUCUGAGUUUCCUAAGUUCUUGAGGCUCUAGAAAGUUCCAGACGUGGAAUGGCUCUAAGCGUCGAAAGCAAUCAAUAAUUGUCCCGAUUCUCAGGCUCUUCCUUAACGAACUGGUCGUGGCGAUCCUUGUGGUUCCGGUGAACUGCUCCCCGGCCGGUGGCACCUCUGCCAAUGGCUUUUUGAACUAUUUAGGCGUCCCUCCCUAUGUCCAGUACCACCUUCAGAUGAGCGUCCUGGGAGGUUUACUCCACGGAGCGCAGAUCAAAUUAUCAAGCCCAUUUUUUCUACAGGAGUCGUUGCUUCUACCAUCUCAAUGCUGGAGAACCGAUUCAACGUCGCGAUGCCUCCGUAUUCCAUCUUCAAGAUCAACAACAAAAUUCGGCUGGUCGUGUUCAUCGCGAGGCUGGUGUUCUUCACCAACUUGGCCGUUCCCAUGAUCCUUUUCGCGGAUACCGAUCAGACUGCUGUCAAGCAACAGUAUACCAAGGUGAGAAAAACACGCCAUAUUGUGCGUAUUAGCGCGGGACGUUUUAUGGCUCUAAACAUUCCAAGAGCUUCCAGAUAAUUUUGAUUUGUAAUUGGGAAUUUGUUUAAUUUUACCCGAGUUCGUGUGUGUGUUCUUUCAGUGUUCUAAAACUCCCAACUGACCCAACUUCCCGAUUUUUGAGAAAAUAUCUGAAAAUGGCCUAUUUUACCGGAUUUCGGUGCAAAAAGGGUGCUGAAAGGCUCGGCCACACACCGAGUUCUUGUGUGUGUUCUUUUAGUUUUCUAAAAGUCCCAACUGACCCAACUGGCCCAACUUCUUAAGGGUCGAAAAAUCUGAAGAUGGCCUAUUUUACCGGAUUUCGGUGCAAAAAGGGUGCUGAAAGGCUCGGCCACACUCCGUGUUCUUAUGUGUGUUCUUUUAGUGUUCUGAAAGUCCCAACUGACCCAACUUCCCGAUUUCUGAGAAAAUAUCUAAAAAUGGCCUAUUUUACCGAAUUUCGGUGCAAGAAGGGUGCUGAAAGGCUCGGCCACACACCGAGUUCUUGUGUGUGUUAUUUUAAUGUUCUAAAAGUCCCAACUGGCCCAACUUCCCGAUUCCUGAGGGUCGAAUGGCCUAUUUUACCGGAUUCCAAUCAAAAUCGAAACACACAAUUACUAAAUUGACGGAAUGAAUUUUGAAAAAUUUUGGCUUUCGAGGGCUUCUUUCGGCUUUGAUCCCAUUAGUUACUUUGUUAUUUUUUCUUCAUUCAUCUUGGAACAACUAUUUCUUGUUCAAAAUGAUUCUUAAAAAAAAAAGAAUCGCGUUAAAGUUAAAGGCGCAUCGCUUCCUCUGCAAAAGAUAUCCCGUCGCGAAAAAAAAGAAACGAUUUCAGAUGUACCCCUGCCUUGCCGUCGAACUGAACCGUCCCGAGACCUUCCUUUUCGCCCAACAAGUCUAUGGCCCUCUGAAAUACGUCCUCCUUGGCAUCGUCGUCUUGGGAGUUUCGGAAACUCUCUUCUACUCGAUCGGAACCUUCUGGUUGCUAAACUAAUGAAAAUUAAUCUUUAAAUGGUCCCAGGACGCUCCGUAAGCCUCAUGAGAUCCUAAUGAUCUCCAAGAGUACAAGACUUCUGCAGAAGAAGUUCUUCAAAGCCGUUUUGAUUCAGGUUUCAGAAUACCUAUUUUGAAGUUUUAGAGUUUUUCUCAAGGAAAUCGUCCCUUGGGUCUUCGCCUACCAACCGAAAAAUGUCAUCGCGCUUUAUGUUGCAAUUACCGGCGUUACCAGCUCGAACUUGGGUAGGUCAGGGGUUCCAAAAAUGGUAACUUGGUUCAAUGGAGCAAGCUAGAGACGAGAUUUUAUGACCUUUUACAGCUUUUUUCGGCACUUUUAAGGUUCAAAACGGUUAUUUUGGUGGAUUUUAAGUCCAGGAUAUGAUACACUGCCAAAACGGGUGCAAAAUGGACGCAAAAAGGAUUCCGUUUUGCGGCCUUUACCGAGCCUUUCUUUCUAAAAUAGCCUCAAAAAGGGUGCAAAAAGGGUGCGAAAAGGGUGUUGAAAGGGUUCUUUUUUGCGGCCUUUUUCGAGCCUUUCUUUCUUGGUUGGCUAAAGUCUCAAAAAAGGGUGAAAAAAAGGCGUAAAAAGGGUGCUGAAAGACUCAGAAAAUGAUGAUUUCCGACUUUAUUACUGUAGCCUGAUUUGGUUAAUACACAGUCAAAGAUUUUUGUUUCUCAAAAGGGUCCAAAAAGGGUAGAUUAGGGCCGAUAAAAGGGCGGAAAAUGGCAGUAAAAUUGCCCCCCUUUCAGGACCCUUCGCAUCCAUAACGGGCGCUCUAAGGUUCCUUCCGCCUAUGAUAGAAGUUUUUGAAAAAUUCACUGGACUUUUUGGGGGCUUCAGUUCGUAAAUGUGUUCUUUACAGCUCCUGAACGUUAAAAAUCCAAGAAUCUUUCGUUUUCUCGAAUUCCCAGUUAUAGCUGCUUCACGGCUGGCUUGAGCCAUCGAAAAAAUGGUCCUGACACGAUAAUGCACGAGAAGCGCCUGGCUCGUGGAGAGCGCAGACCGGACACGCCCCCUUGGCGUCCCAAGCUGGCCGUGAAUCAGCUAUAGCCAUUGCUGGCUAGCUCUUAAGUGAUCUCUUUGCAGACCUGAACAACCUCUCGACCUUCCUCAUGACCACCCAUGGCAUCUGGGCCUCUCUGUCGCUGCUCAUCGUCGUCAACCCGUACCGCCAGUUCGUCCUCGGCAUUUUCGGGAUCCGACAGAACCGAGUCGCCCUUAUCCACCUCACCAGCACCUCUGGCAUCCACAGCAGCUCGAACCAGCGCAUUUCGAUUGCUCCGAUUUGA